GGGUUUGCAGUCUAUGGGGACAGAUGACAUUCGAGUGAUGACAACACAUCACCGCAGAAGGAGCAGCAGCAGCAGCAGCAGCAGCAGCAGCAGCAGCAGCAGCAGCAGCAACAGCAGCAGCAGCAGGUGCAGCAGCAGCAGUGGAUGGAGCAGCAGCAGCAGCAGCAGCAGCAGCAGCAGCAGCAGCAGCAGCAGCAGCAGCAGCAGCAGCAGCAGCAGCAGCAGCAGCAGCAGCAGCAGGAGGUGCAGCAGCGGAUGGAGCAGCAGCAGCAGCAGCAGCAGCAACCGCAGGCAGUGCAGCAACAGCAGCCGCAGCAGGAGGUGCAGCAGCAGCACCAGCAGCAGCCACAGCAGCAGCAGCAGCAGCAGCAGCAGCAGCAGCAGCCACUACAGCAACCUCAUCGGCAUCGCCGCACCACCUCUUCGUUCAUCCUCCCACGCAUCCACACUCGCUCUCACGGCCCACUCAUAGGCCAUCCAUGGGGUUGGCCAACGCCAC